UUCUUUCUAUACGCUUGGGUGUCUACAAGUAUGUACCAUAUGUACGUGCAAAACGAUGGAGUCGCCCCUCCCUCCAAAUCCAUGUCGAGUCUGGCUGCUGGCUGGCGGGCUGGCGGGGUCGCAGCAAUCAUCUAGCGUGCCCUGCCUGCCAGAGGUCGUGGUCGACGGAAUGCAUGUCUCUGUUCCUUUUUUUCCCUUUCGACUGCCCUUUUUCUUUUUUUUCUCUUCCAUCUCCUUGUUGGUGUGUUGUGCUUCUACAGAUGCUUGAUCAUCCAUCAUUUCAAUCCACAGAUGCAUGCCUGCAUACAGCCAUCUCAUACAGAGAUAAGACGUGUAGGUAUUCGACGUCGCGUGGUACCUCGUCAUCUGUUCCUGGACGGGACUGGGGGGUUUCCACGAGCCAAGCCAACAACUUUACGCAGACCGCCAAUCUGCCGAGUCACUGACCCCUGUCACGCGCCAACCCUGGAUCCAUCCACCAUCUCAUACAUGUACAAUCCAUCCACACACACACGCAAACCACAUACGUUGCUGCGUGCAUGCCGCCACGCAUCCAAAACCGCGAGCGGUAAUUGCUCUGCUUCCUCGCGCUGCAUCCAGAUGCACCUCUCUCUAUCCGUCUCACCCCCAUGCCUCUUCCCAUGCCAGGCUCGAGUGCCUACAAAGCUCGCAUCCAAGCUGCCUUCGAUGGCGCCGACAAGCGGGUUAUGAUCAGCUUCUGGCUCUUCGGCCUCAUAAACAACGUCCUCUACGUCAUCAUCCUCUCUUCCGCUCUCGAUCUCGUCGGUCCCAACGUGCCAAAGGGCGUAGUUCUCCUCGCCGAUGUGAUACCCUCAUUUUUGACCAAGCUCUGCGCUCCCUACUUCAUCCACAAGAUCCCUUACAAUGUCCGAAUUCUCGUCUUCGUGGCCUUGUCAGCUUGUGGCAUGCUCAUCAUCGCUCUCACACCUCCACUGCUGGAUGCCACCUCCAUCGGAAUGAAAAUGUUUGGUGUUAUACUGGCAAGCUUUAGUAGUGGAGGGGGCGAGAUGAGCUUUCUGGGCUUGACACACUACUACGGGCAUUUUGCUCUUGCGAGUUGGGGUAGUGGAACAGGAGGAGCCGGUCUCGUGGGAGCUGGAGCAUAUGCCAUCUUCACUACAACUUUCCAGAUCAGUCCCCGCAACAGCUUGCUGGCCUUCUCCUUUCUUCCGGUAAUCAUGCUGAUUAGCUUCUUCAUGAUCCUCCCACAAGGCCCCUUGCUGGCAUCCACGGCCAAGUCGGGUGGGUACGAAGCAAUAGAUAAUGACGAGGAAAAUGAGGGCGACAAUCACGGUGUUUCUGUUGUUGAAGAAGACCUGGAUGUUCGCGUCGCAGAGAACGAAACUCUCCUGUCUUCAUCUCUGCAUUCUGCUUCAGGCCGCAGCUUCACAUCCACGAACGGCGGCCCUGUGAAGUCCUCAUUCCGCGGCUUCCAAGCCAACCUCAAGCGUGCACAAGGCCUCUUCUUCCCAUACAUGCUUCCUCUGCUUCUUGUCUAUAUUGCCGAAUACACAAUCAAUCAAGGCGUAGCACCAACGCUCCUCUUUCCACUCUCCUCCAGUCCCUUUGACGCCUACAGAAACUUCUACCCAACCUACAACGCCAUUUACCAAAUCGGCGUCUUCAUCUCACGCUCCUCCACCCCAUUCAUUCGCAUCCACCAUCUGUACCUCCCUUCCCUCCUCCAAGUCGCUAACCUCGCCUUCCUCACCCUCCACGCUCUCUUCGACUUCAUUCCUAGCUUCUACAUUGUCUGCAUCGUCGUCUUCUGGGAGGGUUUGCUGGGCGGCUUGGUAUACGUCAGUACGUUUGCGGAGAUCACCGAUAACGUGCCCAGAGAGGACCGGGAGUUCAGUUUGGGUGCGACUAGUGUCAGCGAUUCGGCCGGUAUCUGUAUAGCUGGGUUUCUGGGUAUGGCGUUUGAGGUUUGGCUGUGUAAUUGGCAGGUUGCUCAUGGGAGGGAGUAUUGUAAGAUGCGUUGA